GGCGGCAUCGUCCAUUGAGCACAGCACUCUAGGCACAGAAGAGAAGAAGAGUUCCGGCGGCUAACCGGUUGCUGCGGCAUCAGACGUCGCUUUAUUUCCAUUUUUUUUUCAUUGUGAAGAGGCAUCAUGUACGAACAAGAGGAAGAUAAUCAAUAUGAGGAAGACGAAGAUGAAAUCACUCCAGAUCUGUGGCAGGAAGCCUGCUGGAUUGUCAUCAGCUCUUACUUUGACGAGAAAGGCUUAGUGCGGCAGCAGCUAGAUUCCUUCGAUGAGUUCAUUCAGAUGUCAGUGCAGCGAAUUGUGGAGGAUGCGCCCCCCAUAGACCUGCAGGCAGAGGCCCAGCACACAUCUGGGGAGGUGGAGGAGCCGCCUCGCUAUCUGCUGAAGUUCGAGCAGAUUUACCUGUCCAAACCCACCCACUGGGAGAAGGAUGGAGCACCCUCACCCAUGAUGCCCAAUGAAGCCCGGCUCCGCAACCUCACGUACUCGGCUCCCCUUUACGUGGACAUCACUAAGACCAUCAUCAAGGAGGGUGAGGACCAGGUGCAGACUCAACACCAGAAGACCUUCAUAGGCAAGAUCCCCAUCAUGCUCCGAUCCACCUACUGCCUGCUGAGCGGCCUGACGGACAGAGACCUGUGCGAGCUGAACGAGUGCCCGCUGGACCCUGGAGGAUACUUCAUCAUCAACGGUUCAGAGAAGGUUCUGAUCGCACAGGAGAAGAUGGCCACCAACACAGUCUAUGUCUUCGCCAAGAAGGAUUCCAAGUAUGCUUACACUGGAGAGUGCAGGUCUUGUCUGGAGAACUCCUCCCGACCCACCAGCACCAUCUGGGUCAGCAUGAUGGCCAGAGGAGGACAGGGCGUGAAGAAGAGUGCCAUUGGGCAGAGGAUCGUAUCCACACUGCCAUACAUCAGACAGGAAGUGCCCAUCAUCAUCGUGUUUCGAGCUCUGGGCUUUGUGUCAGACAGAGACAUUCUGGAGCACAUCAUCUACGACUUUGACGACCCUGAGAUGAUGGAGAUGGUGAAGCCGUCACUGGACGAGGCCUUCGUAAUCCAGGAGCAGAAUGUGGCGCUGAAUUUCAUUGGGUCCAGAGGAGCCAAACCUGGCGUGACCAAGGAGCGAAGGAUCAAGUACGCCAAAGAAGUCCUGCAGAAGGAGAUGCUGCCGCACGUCGGAGUCAGUGACUUUUGUGAGACCAAGAAGGCCUACUUCCUGGGGUACAUGGUCCAUCGGCUCCUCCUGGCAGCUCUGGGCAGACGAGAACUGGAUGACAGGGAUCAUUACGGCAACAAGAGACUGGACCUGGCCGGGCCUCUGCUGGCCUUCCUCUUUAGAGGGAUGUUCAAGAACCUGCUGAAAGAGAUCCGUAUCUACGCCCAGAAGUUCAUUGACAGAGGGAAGGACUUCAACCUGGAGCUGGCCAUCAAGACACGGAUCAUCUCAGAUGGCCUCAAGUACUCGCUGGCCACCGGCAACUGGGGUGAUGUGAAGAAGGCCCACCAGGCCCGGGCUGGGGUUUCCCAGGUGUUGAACCGUCUCACCUUCGCCUCCACGCUCUCCCACCUCCGCCGCGUCAACUCACCCAUCGGCCGCGACGGGAAACUGGCCAAACCACGACAGUUGCACAACACACUUUGGGGGAUGGUGUGUCCGGCCGAGACGCCUGAGGGUCACGCUGUGGGCCUGGUGAAGAACUUGGCGUUGAUGGCCUACAUCUCUGUGGGCUCACAGCCGUCACCCAUUCUGGAGUUUCUGGAGGAGUGGAGCAUGGAGAACCUGGAGGAGAUCUCACCAGCUGCCAUAGCAGAUGCUACCAAGAUCUUCGUGAAUGGCUGCUGGGUCGGGAUUCACAAAGACCCGGAGCAGCUGAUGAACACCCUGAGGAAGCUGCGGCGGCAGAUGGACAUCAUCGUCUCUGAGGUGUCGAUGAUCCGGGACAUCCGUGAGCGUGAGAUUCGGAUCUACACUGAUGCUGGAAGAAUAUGUCGCCCCCUGCUGAUUGUGGAAAAGCAGAAGCUGCUGCUGAAGAGACGACACAUCGACCAGCUGAAGGAGCGCGAGUACAACAACUACAGUUGGCAGGAUCUGGUGGCGAGCGGUGUGGUGGAAUACAUCGACACUCUGGAGGAGGAGACGGUGAUGCUCGCCAUGACCCCAGACGACCUUCAAGAGAAGGGCGUGGCCUACUGCUCCACCUACACGCACUGUGAAAUCCACCCGUCCAUGAUCCUGGGGGUCUGUGCCUCCAUCAUCCCGUUCCCUGACCAUAACCAGUCCCCCAGGAACACGUACCAGUCUGCCAUGGGCAAACAGGCCAUGGGGGUCUACAUCACCAACUUCCACGUGCGCAUGGACACGCUGGCGCAUGUGCUCUACUACCCUCAGAAGCCUCUCGUCACCACCCGCUCCAUGGAGUACCUGCGCUUCAGAGAACUUCCCGCAGGUAUCAACUCCAUCGUGGCCAUUGCAUCCUAUACCGGCUACAACCAGGAGGACUCGGUCAUCAUGAACCGGUCUGCUGUGGACCGAGGGUUCUUCAGGUCUGUGUUUUAUCGGUCCUACAAGGAGCAGGAGUCCAAGAAAGGACUGGACCAGGAGGAGAUGUUCGAAAAGCCCACGCGAGAGACCUGCCAGGGAAUGAGACAUGCCAUCUACGAAAAGCUGGACGAUGAUGGUCUCAUUGCCCCUGGGGUUCGAGUCUCGGGUGAGGAUGUGAUCAUUGGGAAGACUGUGACGCUCCCGGAGAAUGACGACGAGCUGGACAGCAGCAACCGCCGCUACACCAAGAGGGACUGCAGCACCUUCCUGAGGACAAGCGAGACCGGCAUCGUGGACCAGGUGAUGGUGACCCUGAACCAGGAGGGUUACAAGUUCUGCAAGAUCAGGGUGCGCUCGGUCCGAAUUCCUCAGAUCGGAGACAAGUUUGCCAGCCGACACGGUCAGAAGGGAACCUGUGGGAUCCAGUACAGACAGGAGGACAUGCCGUUCACGUGUGAGGGAAUCACCCCCGACAUCAUCAUCAACCCUCACGCCAUCCCAUCCAGAAUGACUGUCGGCCAUCUUAUCGAGUGCUUGCAGGGGAAGGUCUCGGCCAACAAAGGUGAGAUUGGCGACGCCACGCCCUUCAACGACGCUGUCAACGUGCAGAAAGUGUCCAACCUUCUGUCUGAGUACGGCUACCACCUGAGGGGAAACGAGGUUCUGUACAACGGCUUCACGGGACGAAAGCUCACGUCUCAGAUCUUCAUUGGGCCGACUUACUACCAGCGUCUGAAGCACAUGGUGGACGAUAAGAUCCACUCCAGGGCCCGUGGACCGGUCCAGAUCUUGAACCGACAGCCAAUGGAGGGUCGAUCGCGUGAUGGAGGUCUUCGUUUCGGAGAAAUGGAGCGUGACUGUCAGAUUGCUCACGGCGCCGCCCAGUUCCUCAGAGAACGUCUUUUCGAGGCAUCCGACCCAUACCAGGUCCACGUCUGCAACCUGUGUGGCCUGAUGGCCAUCGCCAACACCCGCACACACACGUACGAGUGCCGCGGCUGCCGCAACAAGACCCAGAUCUCGCUGGUUAAGAUGCCGUACGCCUGCAAACUCCUGUUCCAGGAGCUGAUGUCCAUGAGCAUCGCCCCCCGGAUGAUGACGUCAUAGAGCACGCGGCCCGUCACGGGCCUCUUAGUUUGUUUACCUUUUGUAACAGUCAAUAAAUGUUUGUU